GGAAAAAUGCUCCGAGCCGCCAGCAACGGCCUCCGUAACACGGUCGCCGCCCGUUCUGUUUCGCUUUCCGCUGCAAACCACAGUGAUGCCAAGCGAUCCGAUAUUGCUCAAUACAAGGUCGUCGAUCAUGCUUACGACGCAGUUGUUGUUGGAGCCGGAGGAGCUGGUCUCCGUGCCGCUAUGGGACUUGCCGAAGGAGGACUUAAGACCGCUGUUAUCACCAAACUUUUUCCAACCAGAUCUCACACAGUCGCAGCUCAAGGAGGAAUCAAUGCUGCUCUAGGAAACAUGAACCCAGAUAACUGGCGCUGGCAUUUCUACGACACUGUGAAAGGAUCCGAUUGGCUCGGAGAUCAGGAUGCCAUUCACUACAUGACUCGUGAAGCCGAGAGAGCUGUCAUUGAGCUUGAGAAUUACGGAAUGCCAUUCUCUCGUACCACCGAUGGAAAAAUUUACCAGCGUGCUUUCGGAGGACAAUCCAACGAUUUUGGACGUGGAGGACAGGCUCACAGAACUUGCUGUGUUGCUGAUCGUACUGGUCAUUCUCUUCUCCACACCCUCUACGGAGCUUCCCUCCAAUACAACUGCAACUACUUUGUUGAGUACUUUGCCCUAGAUCUCAUCAUGGAGAACGGAGUCUGUGUCGGAGUCAUCGCCAUGGAUCUUGAAGAUGGAACUAUUCAUCGUUUCCGCUCAAAGAACACUGUUCUCGCUACUGGUGGAUACGGAAGAGCCUUCUUCUCUUGCACAUCUGCUCACACUUGCACUGGAGACGGAACUGCUUUGACUGCUCGUGCUGGAAUCAACAACUCUGACAUGGAGUUUGUUCAAUUCCACCCAACUGGAAUCUAUGGAGCUGGAUGCUUGAUCACUGAGGGAUCUCGUGGAGAAGGAGGAUAUUUGGUGAACUCCGCUGGAGAACGGUUCAUGGAACGUUAUGCACCAAACGCCAAGGAUCUCGCCUCCCGUGACGUCGUGUCUCGUUCGAUGACUGUUGAAAUUAUGGAGGGACGUGGAGUUGGACCAGACAAGGAUCACAUUUACCUCCAACUGCACCAUCUUCCAGCAGAGCAACUUCAACAAAGAUUGCCAGGAAUUUCUGAGACAGCCAUGAUCUUCGCCGGAGUUGACGUCACCAAGGAACCAAUCCCAGUUAUUCCAACCGUUCACUACAAUAUGGGAGGAGUACCAACCAACUAUAAGGGACAAGUUCUCAACUACACACCCAAAAAGGGAGAUGAAGUCGUUCCAGGACUUUAUGCUGCAGGAGAAUGCGGAGCUCACUCUGUCCACGGAGCUAACAGACUUGGAGCCAACUCCCUUUUGGAUUUGGUCAUCUUCGGAAGAGCAUGCGCUAUUGACAUCCUCAAGAACACCUCUGCCGGAGUUGGAGUUCCAGAACUUCCAAAGAACGCCGGAGAGGCCUCCGUUGCCAACAUUGACAAACUCCGUCACAACAAGGGAGACAUCUCAACUGCCGAGCUUCGUCUCACCAUGCAAAAGUCAAUGCAAAACCACGCCGCCGUAUUCCGUCGUGGAGAUAUCUUGAAGGAGGGAGUCAAGGUCUUAUCCAAGUUGUACAAGGACCAAGCUCAUCUCAACGUUGCUGACAAGGGACUCGUCUGGAACUCGGAUCUCAUUGAGACCCUCGAGCUCCAGAACUUGCUCAUUAACGCUACCCAAACCAUCGUUGCCGCUGAGAACAGAGAGGAAUCCCGUGGAGCCCACGCUCGUGACGACUUCCCUGACAGACUCGACGAGCUCGACUACAGCAAGCCAUUGGAGGGACAGACCAAGAAGGAGUUGAAGGACCACUGGCGCAAGCAUUCGAUCAUCAGAUCGAACAUCGAAACAGGAGAGGUUUCACUUGACUAUCGUCCAGUCAUUGACACUACUCUCGACAAAAGCGAAACCGACUGGGUGCCACCAAAGGUCCGCUCCUAUUAGGCACUCUCUCCGCCCCCCCCCCCCCCCCCACAAUGAAUUCCCUCCCAAGUUGUAUAGUCCCCUAAUUGCGAAAAACUUUGUUUUUUGUCUCUAUUUUUCAUCAACAGCCCAUGCAACACUGUAACUGUCACCAGUUUGCCUUCGUUCCCCGUUUUAUUAAGAUUCGCGCGCCUCAACGUCCCUCCCAUUCAAUUCUCAUUGUUUUUUCUUCAUUCUUCCUUAAGUUUGUGUCACCGUUUUUGUUAUCUAUUUUUAAAAAAAGUGUAUGCAUUAUUGGUAGAUGUGUGUAAUUUAGUAGCAAAAUAGAUUGCUGAACCUUUGAAAUAAAGUAUUUGAGACACCAUCGUCAUUUGAAUAGGAACGUGCCGCAGAACAGUUAAUAAUAUUAGGGCACAGUAUAAAGUAUUUUAUGUUUUAUUAUUUUAUAUGUUUUAUUUUAUGUUUUAACAAGGC